UUUCUCGACCUGAUGCCUGAUUAGCAAUAAAUAAGAAACUGGCAGGGAGGCCUUACACUAGGUGUCUGUCACCUAUUUCGAUUGCCAACAUCAGCAACCAUUUGUUCAUCGCCGAAGAGGCUGGUGAUUGUGAGAGUGAUCUGCCAGAUACUGUAAAAUGUAGAUACUAUCCUUGCAGGUCUAAGAUCUAGAAUGCGGGGUAGAAAAGUAUGAAGCAUAUCCAAGGCUACCCGUCAUCAUGCCUGCUAUAUAUGCGCUUUAUGUCAUCAAUAAAUCAGGAGGCCUCAUCUACAAUAAGGAGUUUGUGAUCAUGGCGAGCAACAACCUGAAUGAUACCCUGAGGCUGGCGAGUAUAUGGCAUUCCCUGCAUGCCAUCGCCGCGCAGCUGUCCCCUGCGCCCGGCUGCACAGGCAUAGAGCUGCUGCAUGCGGACACCUUUGACCUGCAUUGCUUCCAGACGCUCACAGGCACCAAAUUUCUCAUGGUGGUGGAGCCCAACACCCCAGAUGUGGACAUCCUCCUCAAAGACACGAUCUAUGAUCUUUAUUGCGACUUUGUCCUGAAGAACCCCUUCUAUGAGGUGGAGAUGCCCAUCCGCUGCGAGCUCUUUGACUUGAACCUCUUCCAGACAAUAAACAAUGUGCACCGGAGAUGGGGCCUCAUACACUAGAAUGGGUCAAAAGCACACUGUACAGUAGCAGCAUCAGCAGCAUAGAAUUGCAGAUAUGCAGCACAGAUGUGCCUGACCGCCAGAAAGGGAGAGAGCGCUGCCCUGCAUGCAUCACAUGGCGCAGAAGUGCAGUGAUCAAAUUCUGGAAGCCAAUUUUAACAAAAAGUGGCAGAGAUCCAGAGUAUUCUUGAAUGCUUGAUUACAAGGUGACUCCCUGAGUUCUUUGCCAAGUAUUGGAAGCAUUGGGCGAUGCACACUUCACUGGUGAAAAAUCUGAUUAUUACUUGAAAAGUCCAGGACCCUGUUGUAAAUCUAUCGCCCUUGU